UGAGUAGUUGAGUCGAGCGAGUCGCCCGCUCGCCGCGUGAACUUGCUGCGCCUCUGUGACGGUCACGGUGCUGGCGGUGGGGGCCGGCCGCCGCAGACAUCAGCAGGCGGGGAGGGGAGAGCGGACGCUUUCCGCCCGCCAGCCCCCGGAGCAGAGCGAGCGGAGCGGGAGGGGGGGGGGGUGGGGGCGGGUGGCGGUCGGCGCUUCGAACCGAGCCGAGGCGAGGACGACACGGGAGGAGAGAGGCGCUCGGGACGGACCCGCAGCCUGAAAAGCCGGCGCUGACAGGAAUGCUGCGAGGUCCUGGAGUCGUUGGACCCAUUCGGAGCGACGGCACGGCAACCCCUGAAGAACGCUUGCCCUGAACUCCUGGCCUGACCUCCUCCGACGUUCAACGGUAAACCCAUCUGUACCCGGACGCCAGAAACUGUUUUGGCUCUCCGCUGACCGUCCACAAGUUCCAUCUCCUCCUCCUCCUCCUCCUCCACUCAGAACCGUCAGGCAGGAGGCUCGCGGGGCGAUGAUUCCACAUGAAGCACCAGGCAGUCGGCCCCACGUCGUCUCUGGCGGCAGCAGCAGGUUAGACAACAAUUAGAGGGAGUGUGGAAAGUGAGGACAAACGCCAGAGGAAGGCGGGAUCACCGAAAAACAAGCAUCAAGAACGUUCUUGAGCAGGGAUCAGGAUGAAGUCCAAUCAUGAACGGAGUAAUGAAUGUCUUCCCCCAAAGAAGAGGGAGAUCCCACCCAGCAAGCUACCGUCAGAAAGCCGUUCCCUGAUCGCGCCGCCUCCCGUUGCGGAGUCUCAGCCCCCCGAGAACGUGACCUGGCUGGUGGCCGGCGGGAACGGGAGCACCGCGGGUGCCCCUCGGAGCACCGCGGAGUCGGACGUCCCGCACUAUAAAUCCCUCUGCUCCGGAUCCGACUCCAUGCGGCUGGUCUCGUCCCUUCCUGCCGUCUACACGUCGCCCGUCUCCCAAACCCACGUGGGGAGUACGGUCCAUUACACCCAACUUCCGCCCAAUCUACAGUUCAUCGCUUCGCCUUACGGCACCCCAUACGCCGGCUACAUUGCUCCUCAACUUCUUCCGCCUCCUCCUCCGCCACCGCCCCUCUCCUCUCCCUCCUCUCAGAGAUUGUCAUCGCACGCAGAGACACACUCGGCUUCCUCGCAAGCCUCCAAAUAUGACCAACAGCGAGCGUCUAUCCUGUACGCUUCCACUAUGCCCCCGCCGGCCACCUCCUCCCUGCACCACCAUCACAGCCUGGGCGCACACUACACCGAGAGAGGACCCACCAGAAAAGAGGAGGCCGGUGCGGGCUCCAGAGAGCUUCACAACGGGGGACUGGAGCCGAGCCGCAGGUUUGGCGCCGCGCCGGAGAAAGCGGUCAAAUCGCGUGAUGCCUACGAGGCCUGCCAGCUGGUCCUCCCGUCGGACUACGGUCAAGACUCCUCAGCUCUGAGAACCUCCGUAAUGCUCAUGCCCAACAGCCAUGGCGACCAUCAGUUGGGUCCAUCCCGGGCCAGUCCUGGAAAGACGCAUCUGGAGAAAGGCAGCAUUCUCCUGGGAAAACCGGUAAGCCGCACCCCACCCUCCUCCAACCAUUCUUUUACAUUUCCACCCCCCUUAAGUGUAGACAAUCUAAAAGCUGCUAUCAGCUCGCUAUCACCACAGACGGUCAUUCAGACGACUCACAGCUCUACGGCGGAACCUCUCUCCAUGGGGCUCCCCCCCACCAAUAUCUAUCCCCAGUCGCCAGUGAUUGGUUACAUAACAGGGGCCAGCGGGACCCAGCAUGCCCCAAUCAGCUACCACACCGGCCUACAGCAACACGUGCUCAUCGCAGGCGCCCAGCCGGUGAUCAUCCCGGUCAGUACAAGUGGUGUGACCAAUCUGGAGCCCCCGACAUCCCAAGUGGCCACUUUGUCCACCCAGGCCUGCAGAGGAGAAACUCCAGGCAAUCACGGCGGCUCCUACCACCAGGUCGCCUCGAGUGCGGUGGUUCAAGCCCAGCUGCACCUGCCCAUGGUUCCGUCGACGGCACCCGCCGCAGCGUCGAGUGGGGCGGCGGCUCCCCCGUCCCUGCCGGCGUAUUUCGUCAAAGGCUCCAUCAUCCAGCUGGCGGACGGUGAGUUGAAGCGCGUGGAGGAGCUGAAGACGGAGGACUUCAUCCAGAGCGCUGAGAUCAGCAACGAGCUGAAGAUCGACUCUUCCACGGUGGAGCGCAUCGACGGGAGCCGCGCUUCGCCCGACUUUGCCGUGGUUCAGUUCUCCGUGGGCGAGCACCGUUCACAGGUGAGCGUAGAGGUCUUGGUGGAGUAUCCCUUCUUCGUCUUCGGCCAGGGAUGGUCGUCGUGCUGCCCGGACCGGACAACCCAACUCCUCGAGUUGCCUUGCACCAAGCUGUCGGUGGGCGAUGUGUGUAUUUCGCUCACCCUCAAGAACAUGAGGAACGGAUCCCUGAACAAGACUCACCCCGCGGAGCUGGUCCCCACUUUCUCAGCGCCAACCCACCGAGCCCCCAAGACCGUCCCCGGAGUCCUCCGGAGCUGCAGCGGAGGCGGCUCCGGACGAGGGGAGCGACAGAACGGAGUCAGUCCUCUGGGGAGCGUCAGCACUUUGGAAAACGGGGAUCUCGGGUUCGGGGGAAAAGGAUUCAUUUCGAAAGGGGACCCCGGGAAGCCGACGGCGAGCGGCAGAAAGCGCAGAUGGUCGGCCCCCGAGGGUCGGAAAGCGGAAAAGGCCGAGGAGCCGCCUUUGACCUUGGCCAAACCAUCUUUUAUCCCUCACGAGGUGAAAGUCACCAUCGAGGGAAGGUCGAAUAUUGGCAAGUGAAGACGUCGGGUUUCCUUGCAAAACCAUGAAUGCCCACUUUCUUUAGUUUUUUUUUUUGUUUGUUUUUUUUUUAAUCUUGAAUACUCUACUGUAGAGACGGAAACACUCUACAUGUUGUCACUUUAUUAUUAAGUCUUGUAGUCCGACACAACGAAUCUGUGCAGUUUUUUGGAUGGGUUUCACACGGUCUGGUCAAAGCGUGCCAGCUCGUGUGGCGCACGUUAGCUUGUAGCACGUUAGCGUGACUUGGCAAUCUUGUCGUGUGUGUGUGUGUGUGUGUGUUUGAGUGUGAGAGAGAGAGAGAGAGAACGAGAGAGAGAGGGAACAAGACUUCUUCGCACCGUUAGCUUAGCGUGUUAGCCUUCCGGCCAAGUUUUGAUCCUUCUUUUUGCGUUUGACCAGUUUUAAAAUGAUUGUCAAACUCUUCUGAAUCAGGGGUUAGAAACAGCGGUAGGUGGAACUACGUCGGGUCAGUGUUGGUUUUAUAAAAAAAUAGAUAUAAAACUUUGUAUAACUGCAAACACACUGGGGCUGGCGAAUGUUUGCGUUCGGCGCUAAAAAAAAAAAAAAAAAAAAAUCUUACUUUAUAUUUUUGUAAUGAGAUUGGAAGAGAGGCUGUCUGAGAGGAUUUGGGCUUUUAGCUUUGUUUUGUUUUUAACGCAGUACUGUAUGUUUGUUGGGUGGGGGGGUGUAACAAGUAGCAGCAGCAGCACUUUUGGCGAACUAAGCGGGGGGCCGUGUUGUUUUAUUUGGGGGGGGGGUCCCGCCGAUGUGCCUCAGAGGAGAAAGAAAUGUAGGUGGUGAGAAAUUUCUACGACGAAAAGCUCGUUGGCCGAGCGAGUUUUGAAGGGUGUCUUUGAAUUUGUGUGCAAAAUGUCUGUCUACACACACACACACACACAAAUACACAAAUCAACGCAAAACAGUCGAGGCCAUCCCUCUAAUUUGAUGUCUGUACUGUAUCCGUAGUCCGGGGGUAUGGAGACGCUUCUGUUCUGGUGCGUUUUUGUCCGCCAGCGGACUGCUUUUUCAACGUCAUGCACACUCGUAGUCGAAGAGUACAGUUGCACAGUGCUAUGUGGUGUGUUUGUGUAUGACUUUGUGUACAGAAUACUGUGUAUAGGCAAAAAUAAUACACUCACUUCAUGAAUAUAAACGUAUGUGUACAGAGAGCGAGAGCGAGAACGACAAUGUCCAGUGUUUCCACUGUGGAACCUUCAAAGAGAAUCUUGCAGUUUGCACAUCAGGAGGAAAGAAGGAGUUUUUGUUUUGUUUCUCGAUUUGGCCGGACCCCGUUUCUCAGACAAGACCGCCAGAAAAAAAAAAAAAAAGACACUGGAGGAGUCCCAAAUUUCUUUACUGUAGGGGUAGGGGAACUGACUUGUGGGGAUCGAGGGUGGCAAUUUAGGUGUAAGUCAAGUCUCUAAGGGUCCUUGGGCCCCACCAACUUUUGGACUCCAUGUCCAAAGACCCAGAGGUCAGAUUUUGUACAACCAAGGAACUACUUAGGGGUAUCUUAGAGAAAAAUCCAGGGGAAACCAGGAAGAGCCUUGUGGAACCAUCUGGGUGUGAACUUGAGGGUACAUUUGAGGCACCAGGGGGAAUAUAGGAGGAAACCGAGAGAAAAAUCCAAGGGAAACCAGGAAGAGCCUUGUGGAAACACCUGUGAGUGACUCCCGAGUUCAUCCUGGGGUAACCCCGAGGUAUCCUCGGGGAAAACUGGGGAAUUAGUGGGGCCAACAUAGGAGGAAACUUAGAGAAAAAUCCAGGGGAAACCAGGAAGAGCCUUGUGGAACCACCUGAGAGUGACCUCGAGGGUAUGUUUAAGGUACCGGGGGGGGGAACAUACGAGGCAACCUAGCGGCCAUUAAGACCUAGAGGUCAAAUUUUGUACAACCAAGGAACUACUUACGGGUAGCGUAGAGAAAAAUCCAGGGGAAACCAGGAAGAGCCUUGUGGAAACACCUGUGAGUGACUCCCGAGUUCAUCCUGGGGUAACCCCGAGGUAUCCUCGGGGAAAACUGGGGAAUUAGUGGGGCCAACAUAGGAGGAAACCUAGAGAAAAAUCCAGGGGAAACCAGGAAGAGCCUUGUGGAACCACCUGGGAG